AUGCCAAUGAUAGGUCUAGGAACUUCAGUAACUCCUCUUCCACCACAUCAAACUCUCAUCCAAAUCUUCAUUGAUGCCUUUGAAGCUGGCUACACACACUUUGACACUGCUUUCCUUUAUGGAACUGAAGAGCCUCUAGGCAUAGCUUUGGCCAAGGCCUUAGAGCUUGGAAUCGUAAACAGCCGCCAUGAAGCCUUCAUCACUUUCAAACUUUGGUGCAACAAUGCUUAUCAUGACCUUGUCCUUCCAGCACUCAAGACCACACUCAAGAAACUUGGGUUGGACUAUUUAGACCUCUACUUGAUUCAUAUGCCAGUGAGGUUGAAACCUGAAGUUGAUGGAGUUCUUGAAAUAAGAAAGGAGAAUUUGCUUCCCUUUGACAUGAAAGGAACAUGGGAAGCCAUGGAAGAAUGUCAAAGAUUAGGCUUAGCCAGAUCCAUUGGUGUAAGUGGAAAUGAGCCCAUCAUGGCAACAAGGAAACUCAUAGAAUUUUGCAAGCAGAAAAGAAUCCAUUUGGCUGCAUGGUCACCAUUAGGAUCUUACACAAAAUCAUGGGAUAUGAAGACAGGUAGCAGAGAUAGAACUAGUGAGUCUCGUAGUCGUAGUAGAGGGAAUGUCUUCAGGGACUCCUUAGUCAUCACUCUAUACCCCGAUAUCCUCUACCCAAACUACGUGGCUCCUUCUGCUAUUCUCCCCCAGCCCCCUACAGCUCUAGCGACAGAGCCCAUGGAAUAUGAUAUCUUGAUCAAGAAGAUCUACGACCACCGGAUAGCUAGGCGACUUCAGCAGAUGAUGCAGGACAUUUGUCAGGGGCGCGACCACCUCACGAUUUGGCUCUGUUCAGACUUUAAGAAGGAACUGGACGUUCAUUUUAGUACUGAUGAGGGGUGGGGUUCAAGCGUCGGCGUCUGA